UCAAAAUGGAGAAAGUGCAAAAAUGUUGGAGUGGAAGCAUAACGCAAAAUAUAGAUGCAGUUCCAGCCAAAAAGCACGCGUCGUAAUGCAAUUUUACAUCAGUUCAAAACAUUUACAACAAGAGUACAUAUGUUUUUGAGGAUUAUUUACUAAAAAACGACAAGAUGAGUGUUUCAAUCGGCGAGAAAAUAGAGGAUUUCAAGGUUCUCACCCUUCUUGGGAAGGGAUCCUUUGCAUCCGUGUACAGAGCAAAGUCUGACAUCACUGGCUUGGAUGUAGCCAUCAAAAUGAUUGAUAAGAAAGUCAUGCAUAAAGUAGGGAUGGUCCAGCGAGUCCGUAACGAAGUGGAGAUUCAUUGUCAGCUGAAGCACCCAUCCAUACUUGAGUUGUACAAUUAUUUUGAAGACAGUAACUAUGUCUACCUGGUUCUGGAGAUGUGCCACAAUGGAGAGAUGAGCAGAUAUUUGAAGAAUAGGAAGGGGCCUUUCUCAGAAGAUGAAGCACGGCACUUCAUGCACCAGAUUGUCAAAGGGAUGCUGUACCUGCACACCCACGGCAUACUACACCGGGACCUCACACUUUCCAACCUGCUGCUCUCCAGCAGCAUGAACAUUAAAAUCGCAGACUUUGGGCUGGCCACCCAGUUAAAACUGCCCAAUGAGAAGCAUUUCACAAUGUGUGGGACUCCUAAUUACAUCUCCCCCGAGAUUGUCACACACAGUGCCCACGGGCUGGAGUCUGACGUCUGGUCUCUGGGGUGUAUGUUCUAUGCCUUUCUAGUGGGCAGGCCACCCUUCGAUACAGACACGGUCAAACACACUCUUAAUAAAGUGGUGUUGGCCGAAUACGAGAUGCCAACACACGUGUCCCAGGAGGCCCAGGACCUUAUUUACCAGCUGCUUCGCAAAAACCCUCUAGAUCGUCUCAGCCUGUCCGCUGUGUUGGACCACCCUUUCAUGACCAAGUGUUUGUCGGCCAGGAGCAAAGACUCUGGAAUGGUGGAAGCCUCUAUGGAUAGUGGGAUUGCAACCAUAUCCAUAGCCUCCACUGCAACCAUCGGGUCCUCUUCCACCAGCUCAAGCGGACGCUUGCACCAGAAGACUAGGCAUCUUAUUGGACAGCCCCUUCCAAACAGAAUCAACGUGGUACCCACGCAUGCUUCCUUGGUGGACAGGAGCUUGGUUUACAACGAGCAGGUGGUACAUCGAGACAAUGCUGACAGGGGAGGCCGCGGCAGGCUGCUUCAGAAAUCCCAAGAGGAUCGGCCCCACUCACGCUAUCUCAGAAGAGCCCACUCCUCCGAUCGGUCUGGGGCCUCCAACAGCCACAUGCAGGGGAAAGCAACCGUCACAAUGGAAAGGUGUCACUCAGUUGACGUGCUUCCCAAGCCAGGCAGACUGGGAACCUGUAGAUACCAAGAAACAUUCCCCAGCGGCCACAGUUACGGAGACAUACCACACAGCUUUAAAGAAAAUCCAUCAAGUAGCACUGGUUCUCUGGACAGAUGCAUGACAUCCCCUCCUGUUAAACAGAAGGCCAAUUCAGGUUAUUUAUACCCCAGCAAUCCAACUAUUCCAGUAGAACAGAGAAUGGAGGCUGAAGCAGUACACCACUGGUUUGCAAAUGCUCAGCCCCAGGAAGGUUACUUUAAAAAGCCAGAGGAUGUCAGCACCAUUAGCAGUAUGAGUGGAAGCUUCCAUAAUGGGCAACAGCCUCUUGGUAUGCAGAACGAAUUCCACAUGAAAUGGGGUGAAGCUGGACAGGGACUCAGGGAACCUCAGGGAACCUCAAAUUUCCACUCCCCUCGUGCGGCAGAACAAAGCAGGCCAACACCCAGAGAGAAGCCAAACUCUGGGAAUGAAAAACCCUCCCUAAAGAACAUGGUCUGCCCUCUGAAUGCAAAGAGAUUGAAGCCUAUCAGACAGAAGACUAAGAAUGCAGUGGUGAGCAUCCUUGAUACAGGUGAAGUUUGCAUGGAGCUGAUUAAGGGACAAGGCUCCCAGGAGCGAGUUCGGGAAGUCCUGAGGAUAUCUUGUGAUGGUUCAAUGGUUACUAUUUACCAUCCCAAUGAGGGAAGAGGAUUUCCACUGGAUGAUCGACCACCAUCCCCACCCGAAGAUAUUUUUAUUUACAGCUUUGAGAACUUGCCAGAAAAGUAUGGAAAGAAAUACCAGUAUGCCACCAAGUUUGUGGAGUUGGUGAAAUCCAAAACCCCCAAAGUGACGCUCUACACAAAGGAUGCCAAGAGCAUGUUGAUGGAGAACUCCCCCAAUGCAGAUAUGGAGGUCUGUUUUUAUGAUGGUGCAAAAACACACAAGACCACAGAUUUCCUGCGGGUUAUUGAAAAAACAGGGAAGUCUUACACACUGAAAGGAGACGUAGGGCUCAGUGGCCUCAGUGAAGAAAGCAGAGCCUAUGUGGAACUUUCAAACAAGGCUCACCGGAUGUGCCUUGCAUUGGAGGCCGCUAUCACACUAGAAGAGAAUAGAAGUGAAAAGAAUAUUUCUUUUUUUCCAAUUAUUGUUGGAAGGAGACCAAGUAACCUAGAUUCUCCAAACGGUCCCUCCUUACCUGCACUGGAAACAAAAAGCAGUGAGCAGCUGUCAGCAGAUGGACUGGUGUUGGGGAGCAUUACGGACCCUAGCCAGGCUCCCAGCGUGACUCCUUCUAAGAUUUCUUAUGAUGGCUCAGUUUUUACGUCUGUCAGCACUGCUGAAGGUAUCUCGCCUCCAUCUGCAAAACAGGGCGUUGCUCCAAAUGCAGGGAAGGUUCUGAAGUCGGUGUUUGUGCCAAAUAUUGGCUGGGCUUCUCAGCUGACCAGUGGAGAGGUGUGGGUGCAGUUUAAUAAUGAUGGGUCCCAGUUGGUGGUGCAGGCAGGAGUCUCCUCGAUCAUCUAUACAUCACCUCAGGGUCAGACAACAAGGUAUGGAGAAAAUGAAAAGCUUCCUGAAUCUGUGAAAGAAAAGCUGAAGUGCUUAUCAUCCAUUCUACUAUUGCUGGCACAUCCAGCAGCAACUCAGCAUUGAUGUGAAGCUCUGGAUUUUAUACAGCAGUAUGUGAUCCUCUGUAUAUCAGACAUGCAGGAUUCUGUACUAACUUGUUUCUGUAAAACUCUACAAAUACUUUUGAAUGUACAUUUUGUACCUGUACUUUUGUAAAUACAUUUCUAUUUGUAAAUUGUAUGUGGUGUUUAAAUAAUGUAUAUGAAAGAUAUCUAUUUUUUUGCAUUUAACUUGUUUUAUAUUUUACCAUCCCUUGAGAGGUGAAACAAUGUAAUUAUAAAGAGUAUAAGCAGUGUUAAACAUUUUGCUUUAUACAUCUAGUUUUACUUUGGCACUCUUAUCAACAUCUAGCUCUGAUGAAAUGUUAAAGCUGUGUAUUAAAGAGCUAAAGCAAUAAACCAUGUCUGCAG